AUGCCCGCGUCUGGGCCCAGAAACCAGACCCCAUCCCACCCACCCACCCCGAAUCCCAUUUGCAGGGUGCCCUACCGCGCAGUGGGCUCCCAGCAGCGAGGCUGGCAGCCCCCUUAUAUCGCCUCCACAGCCCCCGCAGCGGCCAAAUCCCCAGAGAUUUCCAAGGUUAACUCCACAGAAAUAUCACACACAGAAUCCCAUGAGAAUCUCAACUCUAAUCCCUCUAAAACCUCACACCCAGCCUUUUCUGGGACCCCAAAGCCUGACCCUACCCAAACUCCACAUCAAGAAUUCCCAGAGAUUCCCAAACUUAGCUUCCCUGAGAUAUCACUUGCAGAAACCCCUGAGACCCGAAGUUCUAACCCCACCAAAAUCUUUGACCCCAAGUCUCUGGAAACCCAUGACCCUGACACCCCAAACUCUAAAUUCCUCCAGACCCUCCAUCCUGACCCUACUGAAACACCCCACCCAGCAUCUCAUGUAGGCCACAAACCCAACCCCACUGAGAUUCCCCAAACAAAAUUCCCCACAACCCUCUACCAAGACUCAACAGAGAUCCCCACGGCCUCUGACCCUGAAAUCUCCACUAGCCUUGCCCCAGAAACUCCUGCACCCUUCAAAGAAGUUACUGCUCUUAAUGAGCAAUCCCUGAAUCCCAAAUCAGAAGCGCUUGCAGCCACCCAGCCCACCGCCCUUAAAUUGCCCGCCUCAGAUUCUCCGGGGACAGUUGAUCUGAAAGCCCCCCAGAACUCCAGCCCUAAAGGGCCCGACGCCCCUCCUCCCUCAGCCCGGAUUGCCGGGCCCCCUGCUCCUCCAGGGCCCACCAAUCAGCCGGCCCCAGCCACCCCGCGGGCCCCCCAGCGGCGCAGCCGAGGUGAGAGAGUCAACACUAUCAUCGUGUUGGAGCGAGUGCAGGAGACCGGCGUGACCCUGGUGGGGCGUCCCCGGGGCGCGGCAGGCGGGGCCCUCUGCCUAUUCCUCGCUGGGAUCGGGCUGCUCAUCGGCAUCUUCCUACUGCUGUGGUGUCUCUACCGCCGGGCGGCUCGACACCGGCCCUUCGCACACCACCGCCUCCCGAACGACGGAGAUGAACCGGUUAUGCAUUUGGACGCCCCAAAGGAACCCUACGACCUCUACUUUUACGCGCCGGACGCCUGGGUCCCUUCACACAUCGCUACCAAGCAGCCACCGCCUACCCCCCCGCUGCCGCCCAAGCUGCCUCCGCCGCCCCGCGGGGGCCGCCCCCAGCGCCUGGAACCGCUCUCCCCUGCCACCCUCCCCAACAAUUUCCUGUGAGCCUCUCCGGACCUGCGCCAGCCCCAGACGGAGGAAGCACCCAGGGGUCCUGUCCCCGGGGUCAGCUUUGCUACCUAGUAGUCCUCUAGGAUAGAAGACACCCAGAAAAUGCUUUAGAUGUCAGCGGAGAACA